AUGAAUGAUCGUCGUGAAGCAAGGCAUAUCCUAAAGGCCACUCUUGACCCAAGCUCGGCGGAGUUAGUAGGAGCCUUUCCCCAGGCUGGGGCCCAGCAAGCCGAAGUUGAGGCGAUUCAACAAGCCACUCCCGCUGAACCCAGCGAGAACGACAGAACUCAGACAAAUGAAUGGUGGAAAAAUGUGCCGAUGCUGCGAGGAAUGGAACGGCAGGACAUCUUAUGUGGUUCUUUGAUACUUUGUCUUGUCUGUGUGUUUACUGUUGUUCUGGCGGUGGCCUUAUCUGUCAACAGCAACAAUGAAGACGUUCCCACGCCUAACCCAACACCCCCAAAUCCGCCUACAACAGCGCCAUCCGAGUCUCCCACCAGCGCACCAUCAUUUGCUCCAUCCCUGCAGCCCACAACUAUCUCGGCGGGAUUUGUCGCAUCCGUCCUUCCGGAGUACAUGCUUAGUACCAUUCGAAAGUACCCCAAUUCAGCCCAAUCCAAGGCGUUUAGUUUUGUGGUGGAAGAUCCUUCCCUGCUGAACUACCCAGUUUGGCGUGUCUUGCAAAGAUUUGGCUUGGCUGCUUUCUAUCAUGCCACAGGUGGAGACAACUGGAACAAUAAUAGUGGGUGGCUGCAAUAUGAGAUUCAUGAGUGCCAGUGGUAUCUCCAGGCCCAUCCAGGUACAAACCUCAGCAGCCCGUGCGAGAAUUUCAAUCAACACAACCAAUCCGAGGACGGGGAAUACGAAUAUAGACACUUGUGGCUUCGAGACAAUGGACUACAUGGCAGUCUACCUCCAGAGCUGUUUUUGGCGUCAUCUCUUACCUCAAUGGAUCUGGACAUGAAUUCCACUACGGGAGAAAGAAAGAUGCCCAGUGAAAUUGGUUUGUGCACCAAUUUGCAAUCUGUUUACCUGGGAAAUCUCAAUCUUCAGAGCAUACCCACUGAAGUUUUGCGAUUGAGCUCGCUCAGUUUUCUGAGUCUCAGGAACAACAGAUAUCACUCACCCUUUCCCUUUAAUCAUUUCAGCAGUGGGAGUCUGACACAUUUGGAUUUGUCAGGAAACCGGCUUGAAAUAAUUCCAUCAACAAUUGGACAGAUGAGGAACUUAGAGAGUCUGGAUCUUAGUGUCAAUCGGCUAAAAGAGGCGAUUCCUUCUGCUGUUGGACAGUUGACUGCUUUGAAAGAGCUUUCACUUCAGUCCAACUUACUGACUGCUCCACUUCCAUCAGAGACUGGGCUUUUCACUAACCUGGAACGGCUGCUUUUAAAGGACAACCAGCUUUCUGGGACAAUACCGAUUGAAUUGGAAACAUUGGCAACUGCAGGGAAUCUGACAUCCUUGGAGCUGGAGAAUAAUCUUUUCCACGGAACAAUCCCGGAGGGACUCUGUCCCAGUCUGUCUCAAGCCUUUCAAUCUGAUUGCGAUCUCCUACUUUGCGGCUGUGGCUGCAAUUGCAGUGGGAUUGAGGCCAUUUCCAUCAUGCUGCCCAGUCAAACAAUUUCACAGAUUAAAUAUUUCCCAGAUUCACCUCAAGCCAAAGCAUUUCAAUACGUGAAUGGAGACCCAUCUGCUUCUACUUAUCCAACCUGGCGCAUUCUCCAGAGGUUUGCAUUGGUCACCUUCUAUCAUGCAACAGGGGGAGAUUCAUGGAUUGAGAAAACAGGCUGGCUUCAGUAUGAAAUCGAUGAGUGCCAAUGGUAUCAAGAGCAUACAACUCCAUGUGAUCAAAACAGUGGAACAUUCAAGCACUUUUUGAUCCAGAGCAAUAACCUUCAGGGUUCUAUACCACCAGAGUUGUUCUUGCUGUCAUCGCUGAAGACGAUCAGCUUGGGCUUCAGCAGUGACCUUCUAUCAGUGCCAGUGCCAGGUGAAAUUGAAAGAUGCACAGAACUAGAGUCAGUGUCUCUUUCUGGCAUGAGGUUGUCGAACCUACCUGACCCAAUUACUAGACUGCCAUCUCUCGCUGAUUUGGGUCUCAAGGACAAUAAUCUAGAGGUCAUACCAGAGAAUCUGCUAUUUCUGGCUGGGCAUCUGAAAUCUCUUGACUUGUCCCACAACUCCAUUGCUGCUUCGUCAUCAAUACUUGGACAACUGACCAGUUUGGAGAGUCUUGACCUUUCCUCAAAUGCUUUGGUUGGGGCAGUCCCAGUUGAAUUGUUGGCAUUGGCGACCAGUGAGACCCUGACAAGCUUGUGGCUGGAUAAUAAUGAUCUGAGUGGUAGUGUUCCAGAGGAACUCUGCCCUGCACUCUCCCUUGACUGCAUUGGUAGUGGCAAUGAAUUCCUUUGUGGUUGCAACUGUGUAUGUACCGGUAUCAAUGCUUCAGCCCUCCCCAGAGAAACUGUUCGUGAUAUCAAGAAUCCAGCAUCACCACAAGGAAUGGCGUUUCGUUGGGUGAAAGAGGACCCCCUUCUUUCUGCCUAUUCAGCUUGGCACAUUUUUCAGAGGUUUGUUUUGGCUUCAGUUUAUUAUGGUGCAGAUGGUGGAAGUUGGAAAAACAACAGUGGGUGGUUGCAGUAUGACAUUGAUGAUUGUCAAUGGCAUCAGGACCAUGCAGCUCCGUGUGACGGCAAUGGAAGGUAUCAACAUUUGUGGCUCCAGGACAACAAUCUCCGAGCACUGGCCCCUGAAGUAUUCUUGCUGACGACCUUGAGGAGUAUACACCUAGACUUUGUUGAGCCUGCUUAUCUUGACAGGAUACCUCGGGAAAACAUUGCGCUCCUCACGAAUCUUGAGUUGCUGUCUUUGACUGGGAUCGACAUAAUUGGAGACAUUCCCGAUGAAAUUGGCUUGGUGACGUCUCUAAGGCACUUGAGCUUGCAAAACUGCCGAUUGGAGGGUCUUCCUCUCAUUUUGAGAAUUUUGAAGCCUAUAGCAGGAAACUUGAAAUCCCUGGACUUGUCCCGCAACUGGAUGAACGUUCUUGAUUCGAGCGGAAUACAACGAUUUACCAAGGUGGAGAGCCUGGACCUAUCACACAAUUCAUUGUUUGGGACAAUUCCAGAUGGAAUCAUAUCAUUGGUCACUGCAGGGUCUCUAAAAACCCUGCAUCUGGACAACAAUCGAUUGGAAGGUACCGUUCCAGAGCUGUUGUGUAGCCUUGGGCCCACAAACUUUACUUUUGAUUGCGAUGUUUUUCUCUGUGGUUGUGACUGCAGCUGCAAUUAA